CAAGAGGUCUGCAAAUUCUCACUUUCUCGGGAAAAUCCCAUGUUUUCCCACGUUUCAUCGCUAAGAUAGAGAGAGAGAGAGAGAGAGGGAUGGAUCCGGAGCAGACGUUCAUACGCGUGCAAGAGAGGUUCUCGCAGAUGCUGAGGCCCAAAGUGAGAGCUGCUUUGGAGUACUUUUACCUUUUCGUCGCCAUCACCCUGUUCUCCAUUCUCGUUGUUAUGCACGCCAAUUACGUUCAGCAGCCUGGCUGUUCAAGUGAGCUCUCUAGAGUUGAAAUAACAGAAGCCCAGCUUAUCCAAAUUAAGAUAACUAGUGCAGGGUUGUGGUCACAGAAUGAGUCUGAAUCUAAUGCGAUAGACUUCCCUAAUAUGGUAACUGCGAAGGAGAAAUUAGAAGGUGCAAAUGUGGAUGGAGAAGGAUUGACAUUUUUGGCUGCGAAGUUUUGGCUAAAUUGGAUUGGUUCUGGAGCUAGAAGGGACAAACUAGCAUGGAAGUUCUGGAAGACUGACAAUGAACUUCUUGAGCAGCAAGCAGAACUGUCAGUGAGCAGUCAAAGCCCUAAGCAAACAGUAGAUGAUGCAGCCACGAAAAUUGAUAAAGAGGAACGACGUAGUAGUUUCCCUGUAUCUGCUAGAGAGACAUUUAAAGCAGCAAUAUUUCACUUCGGCAAAAAGUGGUACAAGCGUCUACUAUUCAUUUGGAGACAUGCAAUGCAGGUCAUUAGAAGUUUCUGGAAACUGUGGAAUCUUGCAGGAAUACAUUUAAAUAUUGACAUUCCCAAGUGGUUGCAUAUACUUCAUUUGGACCGGCUUAAUUCAUAUGCAGUGCAAUGGCUUGAGAAUAGAUGCAAAGCCUUUGAACCAACUUAUAUAUACACUAUGGAAAAGGGAUAUUUCUUGCUACCUGAAGGAGCUAAGUCUCGCCAUAAUAUUCGUACUGUUAACAUUAGCAUAUCAGCUCGGCAUUCCUGUUUUGGAAACAGGUGGCAGCAACUCCUCAUAAACAGAAUUGUCGGAUAUGAUACUAUUUUGAUGAAUAGUUUAUUGACUUCUCCUGGUCAAGGGUAUCUUUAUAAUUAUCAAACAAAGGAGUUUUAUAAUCUUAGUUAUGCACAAGUACCCCCAGAAGGUCCUGCAAGAUUUGGAGACUACCUUGUGACAAAAUGCGGUGUGCUUAUGAUGUCGCUGUUUGUGUUCUUUACGACCACAAUGUCAGUUUCAUUUACAUUGAGAGAGACACAGACCCGCAUGCUGAAGUUUACAGUGCAGCUUCAACACCAUGCCCGGCAUCGGCUUCCAACUUUUCAGUUGAUCUUUGUCCAUGUAAUUGAAUCACUUGUCUUUGUACCGAUUAUGAUUGGUAUCCUAUUUUUUCUGUUCGAAUUUUAUGAUGAUCAGUUGUUGGCUUUUAUGGUCCUGAUUCUUGUUUGGCUGAGUGAACUCUUUACCCUUAUCAGCGUCCGGACACCAAUAUCAAUGAAGUUCUUCCCUCGCUUCUUUUUGCUCUACUUUCUGGUUUUUCACAUUUAUUUCUUUUCCUAUGCUUAUGGUUUUUCAUAUUUGGCUCUGUCUACUGCUGCAGCAUUUAUGCAGCACCUCAUUCUAUACUUCUGGAACCGUUUCGAGGUACCUGCUUUACAAAGGUUUAUGCAAAACCGUCGAUCACAGCUUCAGCAGCAUCCAGACUUCCACAUUACCUCCUCAACCAUCCUUGCGUCGACUUUACACAUCACAAGAUUGAACACAAGGAAUCCUGGUUCGGUUAACACAGACUUGACCUCUGGGACUGGUUUGAGACAUGGAUCUGACCCAGUGGUGCCAGCCAAUGCAGGAGUAGAUGUUUCUGGGCUUCAGGAACAAUCAGAAAGCGAAAACGGGGCAGGGAACCCAAUGCAGAUGGCUGGACAACCUAAUCUUCAGCAAGCAGAUAAUGGUCCCAACCCUGGGGCUAUGAAUUCGUUCAGUUCGCUUUUGUUAUGGAUCUUAGGAGGCGCCUCUUCUGAAGGCUUCAACUCAUUCCUUUCCAUGUUCAGAGAUGUGAGAGACCAAGGACAGGUUUUUGCUGAAUCCCCUAGGCGAGACAACCGUGCAAAUCAAAAUGUGCAAUAGUGUUGGAACACUAUCUUUAAAGGAGAUUUGCUUGUUUAUUAGUGUUAGAUUGUAGUGCACGUUCAUGUUUAAUAGCAUAGCACAGGGUUUUACUGGAUCUACUUGUUUGUACAGAAAUGAUAGAUAUACAUAUGUUGGAUAUGUUACUUGUUAGAGGCUAAACCCUGUUAAUUCGUCCGUGUAAGCAAAAAAGAACAAGAAAAUCAAAGAAAAUGUCUACAUUGCAUGUCUUGCAUUCACAUUACAUACAAUGGAUAGUACAUGACUGUAACAUAUUGUUUGGGAUGCAAUGUUAUUGAAUCCUGUACUAUAUUUUACCUCUUCAA